AUGGGGCUUUUCGAUGGCGCGAUCGAUCGUCAGGGGCGGCACCAGGCCGAUCGAAGAGCCGCUGGAGGCUGCGAUCGAUCGCAUUUGCAGCAGCAGAGAGGCGGGCAGUACCGCAAUCUAUAUCCCGCUGCUUCGGCGCUGCCUGGAGCAGCGCGCGCUGCCCCAGGGCAGGCGAUUGCACGCGCACCUCCUGGAAUCCGGAUUCCUCGAGCGCAGCGCCGCCGAUCCCAUCGUCGCCAGCUACCUGGUGAAGAUGUAUGGCAGAUGCGGCAGCGUGGCGGAUGCCGAGGCGGCAUUCCGCGCCUGCGAUCCAGUGCGCACGCCCUACACCUGGAACAACAUGCUCUCGGCGUACCUGGGCAACCAUCUCCCGCGCGAGGCGCUGGAGAUCGGCAAGAGGAUGGAUCUCGAGGGCGUCCCCAGGAGCGCCUCCAAUCUGGGAACUCCACGAGCGCUAUUGCCAGUGGUGGCGGCGAGGAGGUGGAGGAGAGGCGCGUCUUCGACGACUACUCGGUGGAUUCCAAGAGGAUGGCGCUGUGGACGGCCAUGGUCUCCGGGUAUGCGCUCCAUGGGCAUAGCCGCCAAGCGCUCGAGCUCUACCAGCGCUUUCUCUCCGUAUCCAGCGAGCCCCCGGACACUGUGAUGCUGCUCAGUGCCAUCACCGCCUGCUCCAGCGCAGAGUUUCUCGACGAUGGGAGAGCCAUCCACGCGCAAAUCUCUUCCCGGGAACUGGAUCACCACACCCACCUGGGGAACGGGCUUGUCAACAUGUAUGGGCGAUGCAAGGAGCUCCACAGGGCGCGGAAGGCCUUCGAGAAGAUCACUGCCAAGAACUUGGUGUCGUGGAACGUGAUCAUCGGGGCGUAUGCCCAGGAGGGGCAUCGCGGCCACGCUAUGGAGCUCUUCCAGCGGAUGGAUCCCGAGGGGGUCGCGGCCGACGCCGUCACCUUUCUCCACGUCCUCGAUGCUUGCGGCGGCGUGGAGGCGGCGGGGGACGUCCGGAGGAUCCACAAGAAGCUGGAGCUCUCGGGCUUGGAGUGGGACGUGUUCGUCGCCUCGUCGCUCGUCAACGCCUAUGGGAAGUGCGGCUGCCUCGCCGAGGCGAAGAGGGUCUUCGACACCAUGCCGCUCAAGAACACGGUGACCAUGACGUCGAUGCUCGCGGCCUACGCACAGCACGGCCUCGGCGAGGAAGCUCUUGAGAUCUACAGGGAGAUGGAGUCGCAGGGGAGGAAGGCCGACCGGGUGACUUUCAUCAGUGCUCUCGACGCUUGCUCCAGCAUCGGGGCUCUCAGCCAGGGACGAGCGAUCCACAGCCGGCUGCUCGUGAGUGGGAUCAUCCAGCAGCCAGACGUGGUGCUGGGGACGGCGCUGCUCAACAUGUAUGGGAGGUGUGGAGUGCUCGACGCUGCAAAGUCGCUCUUUGAUGGGAUGGCGGACAAGAACACGAUCACUUGGAACGCGCUCAUGGGGUCGUAUGCUCAGUGGGGGUAUGGCAAGGAGGCGCUCAACCUCUACCACUCCAUGGACGCGCAGCCAAACUCUCUGACGUUCCUGGCGAUGCUCACGGCUUGCUCGACGGUGGGAGCGCUGCUCCAGGGCCGAGCUGCGCACGCAAGGCUGGCUCCGGCCGGGUUUGAGAAGGAAGUGGAGGUCGGGGUCGCGCUGGUAAACAUGUAUGGCAAGUGUGGCAGCCUCGAGGACGCGCUGGGAACGUUUGCGAAGCUGGAGAGGAAGACGGUGGUGACUUGGACGGUGGCAAUGCUGGCGCUGGCUCACCACGGCGAGUUUCGAGAGACGCUGCGGUUGUUCACGGAGAUGGAGCUGGACGGGGUGGCGCCGGACAGUGUCGCGCUGCUGGCGGCGCUCUUCGCUUGCAGCCACAGUGGAAAACUCAAGGAAGGGAGGAGCUACUUCACCAACAUGAUCCAGGACUACGGCGUGAGUCCGACGCUGGCGCACUACGACUGCGUGGUGGAUCUGCUGUGCCGGACGGGGCUGCUGGGCCGGGCCGAGGAGCUCAUCGACAGCAUGCCGUUCGAGCCGAGCGCCGUGACUUGGACGACGCUCCUGGCGGCGUGCCGGACUCACUCGACCCUCUACGACAAAGCAAAGGUGGCGGCGGACAAGGCUCUAGAAACGGAGCCUCACAACGCCGGGAUCUACUUCGCGCUCUCGUACAUGUACUCGGGCGUCCGGACUUACAGGCAGGAGCGGCUCAACGUCUCGGACAAGCUCAACUCGAUCCAGCGCCAGGUCGGGCGGUGCUUCAUCGAGACGAGGAACCAGAUCCACGAGAUCGUGGCGGGGGAGACGGCGGCGCAUCCUUACGCGGCCGCCGUUGACGAGGAGCUCCACCGGCUAAACAUCGAGCUGACCAUCGAGCGGGGAUGCAAGGUGGAGGAGAAGAACCACAGCGCCAAGAGGGCCGUGGUGCUGGGGCUGGUGAGCACGCUGCCCGGCACCACCAUCCGAGUGGUCAAGAACCUCAAGCUGUGCGCCGACUGCCACCACGCGAUCAAGCUCUUCUCCAAGAUCCGCGGCAGGAGGAUAAUCGUAAGGGACUACGUUGAGUUCCACCACAUCGAGAAGGGCGUGUGCUCGUGCGACGGAAGGAAGCCGGCGCUCGGCCUGGGGCUGGAUUGCUUGGUCGCUCCUCCGACUCACAUACCGGGAACUCUUUGGUGA